AACUUGCUUCAAAACGUCAUAUCAAAGACGUAGCAGGUACUCUAGGUUAUGUUGUCUAUAUUUAAAUAAAAAUGUAAUUAAUAACUUAAAUCAGUUGUUUUUGAUACUUAAAAUUAAACAUGACAACAUCACCCACUAAAACCAAACAAAAGUUGUCUCUACGGAAACGCCUGUUCGUCAAAAAAUCACCAAAAGUGGGAUGCUAUGUUGAUACUGAUUCUAAUGAUGAGUUCAGCCAGUCUACGUCCAGACCUAUUUCUCCAGCGGAUCCAUUCAUAGCUCACAGUGCUCAAAAUACUAACGUGAGUCUAGAAAACAUCGAUACUCAUCGCAUUUCACCUACUGAGCCUCACAGUAACAAUUCUAGUCAAAAAAUUAUUCAUGUGCACAAUGAGGACGAUGUUAAUCCGAAGUGCUGUCGAACCUUCUUCAGAAGGUCCCGUCCAAAGAGCCUCGUCGAAGGACCUCCGUCCAGAGAUGAACCUGCCUCGAAGCCAUGUAGUCCACUUAACAACUCUAGCAACAGUGUCAGUGAACAUACUAUCUCGUGCAGUCAGUCUAAAUCAGAAGAAUUACCUAAAGCUACUGUCAAGUUCCCCAAGGAUGAUUCCAAAAAGUGUUUUGAACAUUCAGGAUCAUUUGAAGGGAUAAAGACCAAGAAUAAAUUGUUUGUUAAAAGAUUAUCUGCAGAUCAUCUCAUCUCUAAUGAAUCUAAACCACUAUAUCGUUCCUCUUCACCCGAAAGUGAUAGAAGUAGUUCAUUGGAUAGAAAAAGAAGAACUAAGUCAACUAUCACAAGACCUGUUUCACGUGCUGGAAGUACAGAUAGUCUGGCCCGAAAUUCACUUCUUGCUGCACAAGUUCUACGCCUGAUACCUACACAAGAAGCCCGGGAAAGAAAUUAUUUAUAUGGAAGACUUGCUUCCCAUUCUUUAUUAGGAGCUGCAGAAUUAGAACAUGUUUUUCCAGAUAGAGAAGUAAAGAUAUUUGUUGGUACAUGGAAUAUGAAUGGUCAAGCACCACCAAGGGAACUAGCAGAUUUCAUAUUUCCAAAGCAAGUAAAACAUGUACCAGACAUUUUUGCUAUUGGCACACAAGAAUCAUUCUCUGAACGUACAGAAUGGGAAAUAACAAUCCAAGAAGUAUUGGGCCCAUCACAUUUAUUAUUGCACUCAUACUAUCUAGGAACAAUUCAUCUAACAUUAUUUGUACGAAGAGACUUGAUAUGGUACUGUUCUUUACCUGAAGAUGCCAGUUUGUCAGUGCGACCUGGUACUGCAUUCCGGACUAAAGGAGCUGUGGCUAUAUCAUUUGCACUGUUUGGCUCAACAUUUUUAUUUGUCACUGCACAUUUGACAGCCCAUCAGGAGAAAGUUAAAGAAAGAGUUUCUGACAUAAAGCGAAUAAUACGAUCCAUUGAUUUACCAAAGAAUUUGCCAUGCAGACACAGAAGUAAAGGUAGGUUUAGAAAAAUUGAUAAAUUUAUGUUAGUCAAAAUUUGUACUUUUUUGUUUGUAUCCAUUUUGUUUAAGUUGUCAAAGGCAAUGGCAAAAAUUUAUAUUCAAAUAGUUUUGAAUCGUCCAACCCUUUUAUCUUUUUGCUGAUAACAAGAAUGAGCCAAAGAAACUCAACAGCUCUGACAGAAGUAAGACAUGUCAUUUAGCAACUACUGCUUAAAGUCCACUAGGCAGUAAUCUAACACCUAUGAAGAAGUUUUUGUCUAGAGAUUCUUUGUUGCCCUCGACAAUACGAAUGUAGGGUAUAUAGAAAUAAAUUAGUUUAGAAUACCUAUGCUAUCUAUUAGCUGUAUAAAUAAAGUGUAAUACGUAAGGUAAGAGACAACAUUGCUGAGAUUGCUGACAGAAAACCAUUUUCAGAUGUAACAAGUAAUUUUGACUACGUUUUUUGGUGUGGAGAUUUAAACUUCAGACUGGGUGAACCCAGAGCUGCUGUACUACGCUGGAUUGAACAAACUGAGGUGACUUUGACUUAUGUGACCUUUGACCUUCCUGUGAACAAUAAAUGCGAUUAUUACAUUAACAUUAGCAGAAUUGACCUGCUGUUACCAUAGCAUGGGAAUUAUAACUGUCCCAGUAGUCCAGGUGUCUAUUAAGAGUUAAAAUAGUGUGCGACAGAGAUAACGCUCUACGACGUCUUUACAAUAUUUGAUGAUUACAUGUUACAAAAUUUCUAAAAAAAUAACACGUUUAAUUACUGAUUGUCUUUCUAUAGUCGUUUAUAUUAUAAUAUUAACGCAUUGCCACAUUUUCUCCAGUUUCCUUUACCACCACACUUGCCGCACGGUCUUCUACACGCGGACCAGCUCACCGCUGUUCUAGAAGACGGUGCUGCCUUUAGAGAUUUCAGAGAAGCUCCCAUAACAUUCCCACCAACAUACAAGUACGAUCCUGGCAGUCAACAAUUCGACACGUCCAGUAAACAACGUGCACCAGCGUACACUGAUCGGAUACUGUUCAAAGCUAAAGCUUCUAACAACAACACGUCUUCCGCCUUUGCAGGUUGCUCAGUUGUUUCUAUUGAAACUGUGCUAUGAAUAUUAUCAAUAAACUGGUACUGUAUGCUAAGGCAAUAAGGCCCACGGGUGUAAUAAAGCCCUCCGGUGAAAAUACACGUCUAUUUCAGUUCAAACUUUACUCACACGUGCAUAUGACUGUGUAAGCACAAUUUGAUCAGAAAAAUAAGUAUUCAUAAUGAAAAAUGCUUAUAAAAUCCACUUUGUCCCUGGCACUCUGAGAUAGGACUCGACCUGACCUGGGGUUUUUUAAGCAAAAUUAAUCAAAUAUAACAAAGGAAUAGGAGUAUUUUAAUCAAUUAUUAGAGAUUAAUAUCUAUUUUAAUUUUAUAAAGAGGCAAAGUUCCAACGUUGUUUAUUUUUUUGUUUGUAGGGGUAUUCUAUGGAGAUACUGAUCCUAUCAUGAAAAUUAUUUCACCUACAGCAAGCUAUGUUAGACGUGGGUGACGUGGACUACAAUGUCGAAGUCGCGGAUUUUUUUUUUCAUUAAUAGUUAGACGGCAUUAACUUCUCACGAUCGAUUAAUAUCUAAUAAAGUGACCAUUGAGUUAAUUAUUCCUUAGGGCUCCGUCGUAUCAGUUCAGUGCAGACUACCUCCGGCCUCCAGUGCCUCGCUUACAACUCUGUGCAAUCUAUAUGUACGAGUGAUCACAAACCUGUAUGGGGAUUAUUCUCCGCUGCAUUAAGGCCAGGCACUGACGUGUACGUAUAUUAUUUUUUCAUCUGUACAAAUAAAUAAAAUUGAAGUGCCUGUAAUAUUAAAAGGACCGCUUUUCACUAAAUCCAUAUGUGCACGGUACGUAUACAAUAAUAUUUUUUUUUACAUUUUUGUCUGUCUGUGUGUAGGAUUGUUCCAGCUAAUCUCUGAAACGGCUGGUUCGAUUUUGACGGGAUUUUCACUGGCUUAUGAAAUAAGGGGUAACUUAACCUACUUUCCAAGCGGACGAAGUCGCGGGCACAGCUAGUU